CUUCCAACAGAUCACUGGGUACUGCUUUGUCAACUGUAAAGUAUUUAUCUGAAGCAGGUGCAGUUGGCGAACGUGUAAUGAAAGUGAUAGAAAGGGUACCAACAAUAGACCCGUACAGCAUGGAGGGCCAAAUACUGAAAAACAUAACAGGUAAAGUGGAAUUCAAGCACAUUGAAUUCGCGUAUCCAUCAAGGCCCAAAAGCAUAAUUUUAAAAGAUUUUAGCCUACAAGUACCGACGGGUAAAACCGUGGCGUUAGUGGGAGGAAGUGGGUCAGGCAAGUCGACAGUAAUAGCGCUAUUGCAGAGAUUUUAUGAACCACUUGCGGGGGAAAUUCUUCUCGAUGAGAUCGCUAUUGAUAAGCUGCAGCUCAAGUGGCUAAGGUCACAAAUGGGUCUAGUGAGUCAGGAGCCUGCACUUUUUGCAACUACAAUUAAAGAAAAUAUACUUUUUGGGAAGGAGAAUGCAUCAAUGGAACAAGUUAUUGAGGCUGCCAAAGCUUCUAAUGCUCAUCACUUCAUCUCACAGUUGCCUCAGGGUUAUGAUACUCAGGUGGGAGAGAGAGGUGUACAAAUGUCGGGUGGACAGAAGCAGCGAAUAGCUAUAGCAAGAGCCAUAAUUAAGUCACCCAGAAUACUACUCCUGGACGAGGCAACCAGUGCACUUGACUCUGAAUCAGAACGAGUGGUGCAGGAAGCUCUAGAUAAGGCCGUUGUUGGCCGCACCACACUAAUCAUAGCUCAUCGGCUUUCCACUAUUCGCAAUGCUGACCUUAUUGCCGUGGUCCAAAGUGGUCGAGUCAAGGAAAUUGGCUCACAUGAUAAGCUAAUUGAAGACAAAGAUGGAGUAUACACUUCCUUAGUCCGUCUCCAACAAAUUGAAAAUUCCAGUGAUAAAAUCUCCAAUGCACCAACCAAUAAAAAUCUUUUAUUGGCCCUAUCAAAUUUAAAUUCUAAAUUUGCGGCAUCAAAUUUAAAUUAUGAAACUGCCUGUGACCAUGACGAACAAAAUUCAAGCAGCAGAAGGCUUUUGAUUAUGAACAGGUCAAGUUCAGCGAACUCGGCUGAGCAAAGCGGUAUAUUUGAUCAAAAUGCAACAAUUUUCAACACUACAGGACGAGUAACUUCAGUACCUUCAUUCAAAAGACUGUUGGCAAUGAAUUUGCCAGAAUGGAAGGAGGCAACUUUGGGAUGCAUAGGAGCAAUAUUGUUUGGUGGAGUUCAGCCAUUGCAAGCUUUUGCAAUGGGGUCAAUGUUAUCUGUCUAUUUCUCACCAAGUCAUGAUGAGAUUAAGGAGAAGGCAAAGAUAUAUGCUCUAUUUUUUCUUGGGAUGGCAUUCGUGUGCCUUUUUGUCAAUGUACUUCAGCACUACCACUUUGCAGCCAUGGGAGAGAAAUUGACUAAAAGGGUCCGGGAGAGGAUGCUCUCCAAGAUGCUAAGGUUUGAAAUUGGGUGGUACGACAGGGAAGAAAACUCCACCGGUGCUGUUUGCUCUAGACUAGCUAAUGAUGCUAAUGUGGUAAGGUCUUUGGUAGGGGAUAGGAUGUCAUUACUCAUUCAAACGAUCUCUGCGGUGACUAUAUCUUUCACCAUGGGCCUAGUUAUUGCGUGGAGACUCGCAUGGGUCAUGAUAGCGGCCCAACCUCUCAUCAUAGUGUGCCACUAUUGCAAGAGAGUGCUAUCGAAAAGCAUGUCUAAAAAGUCCAUUGAAGCCCAAGAAGAAAGCAGCAAGUUGGCAGCUGAAGCAGUUUCCAAUCUCAGAACAGUAACGUCCUUCUCCUCCCAGGCCCGAAUUCUCCAAAUGCUCAAGAAAGCCCAAGAAGGCCCUCAAAGAGAGAGUAUACGCCAGUCGUGGUUCGCUGGAAUUGGGCUUGGCACUUCCAACAGUCUCGUGUCAUGUACCUGGGCUCUUGCUUUCUGGUAUGGUGGCAAACUUAUGGCAGAAGGCCAGAUAGGUGCUAAAGCCUUCUUCCAGACAUACUUGAUUUUGAAUAGCACUGGGCGUGUCAUUGCGGAAGCUGGAACCAUGACUAGUGAUCUAGCAAAGGGCUCAGAUGCUAUUAAGUCGGUCUUUGCAGUGUUGGAUCGAUAUUCAUUAAUCGAGCCAGAGGACUCGGAUGGUUACAAGCCUAAGAAAAUAACAGGCAAUGUGGAGCUGUGCAAUGUGGAUUUCGCAUACCCUUCUAGGCCCAAUGUGAUUAUCUUCAAGGGUUUUUCAAUAAAAAUCGAAUCAGGAAAAUCAACAGCAUUGGUAGGACAAAGCGGAUCAGGAAAGUCCACGAUAAUUGGUUUGGUAGAGAGAUUCUAUGAUCCCUUAAAUGGUGUUGUGAAAAUAGAUGGCCAUGACAUAAGAUCAUACCACUUGAGAUCACUGAGGAAACACAUUGCACUUGUAAGCCAGGAACCAACAUUAUUCGCAGGAACCAUAAGGCAAAACAUAACCUAUGGAGCAUCACAAGAUGUGGACGAAUCAGAAAUAAUUAAGGCUGCGAAGGCAGCAAACGCACAUGAUUUCAUCUCAGCAUUAAAAGACGGAUAUGACACUUGGUGCGGAGACAGGGGACUGCAGUUGUCAGGAGGACAAAAACAGCGAAUCGCGAUAGCACGUGCAAUAUUGAAAAAUCCAACGGUGCUAUUGUUGGAUGAGGCAACAAGUGCAUUGGACAGUCAAUCGGAGAAAGUAGUACAAGAUGCACUUGAUAGAGUGAUGGUUGGGCGGACAAGUGUGGUGGUGGCACACAGGCUAAGUACUAUACAGAAUUGUGACACAAUUGCUGUAUUGGACAAAGGCAAAAUUGUGGAGAAAGGGACUCACUCUUCUUUGUUAGCUAAAGGACCCAGUGGAGUUUACCACUCUCUAGUUACCCUUCAAAGAACACCAAACUCUAGCAAUCAUUAACUGUCCCCAGAAUGUAUAGAAUGUAAAUUACUCAAAGGAACAGAUUACAACCAACUUCAAGCACCAAGCAGCUGCUUGAGAUAGUUAUCUAAGAGCAAAAAUAGGUUCUUGAUUAUCUCAUAUGUUUACCUAAUUC